AAGUGAUCGCGAUACAAGAGGCAGAACUGAGGAAAGAGGCAAAGCCAGAGGCAAAGGACAAGAAAACCACUAGGGACCCAAAGGAAGUAGGUCUGUAGGGGGUCCACAGGCAGGGGGAGCUGUGAGCCAUGCCCCAUAGCUCUGACAGCAGCGACUCCAGCAGUUUCAGCCACUCAUCUUCCUCCAGCAAACAGGAAUCUUCUGAUGACAUGAGAAAAGUGCAAAGAAGGGAAAAGAAUCGCAUUGCAGCCCAGAAGAGCCGGCAAAGACAGACACAGAAAGCAGAUACUCUGCAUGUGGAGAGCGAAGAUUUGGAGAGGCAGAAUGCUGCUCUGCGCCGGGAGAUCAAACAACUGACAGAGGAACUGAAGCAUUUCUCUGCAAUGCUGACUUCCCAUGAGACUCACUGCUCUGUCCUGCAUACACAACCGCCAGUGCCCGCAGAGGUGCUUUAUACCCCGCUCUCCUUCCACCAGACCCACAUCAGCUCCCCAUGUUUCCAGCACUGAGGCUAACUGCUUGGACUGGGAAAUGCUUGCAGACUCGGUAGAAAGAAAGGCAAGGCCUCAUGUGGGUCACAGCUAUGGAAGCGUUAGGGGUAUUCCUGUGUUGACUUGACCUUGUUCUGAAUAAGGAGCAUAAUGACUAGGACUGGGCCUUUGUGCAGAAGCUGGGCUGUGCCGGAGCCAGCUGCAUAAUGUGUUUAUGAAUCCAGAAUAAAUGGGAAAGGGAAGAUUUGGUAUCAAGAGCAAUUCUUCCCAUUGUCUGGGAGAAAGACAGGCCUAUAAAUGUUUUAAUUAAAUAAUAUUCAAUUGUUUGCACUGGAACACUCAUCA